AUGACGGAAAUACAAUCAAAGGGUUCUGAACAGUCUUCAAAGACAAUAAUGUUCAAUGUUUGUAAGAAUGAGUACGGAACACCUAAAAACAACUUACAAAAGCUCUAUAAAAAACUAAGGAUGGAAUAUAAAACGAUAAUCAAUGAAGAGGAUUUUAACCUUGAAAAAUUAAAACAAGCGGAUUUGGUAAUAUUUUGUGGCCCUAGGUUGAAGUUUACAGAGCAAGAGUUUGCUGCCAUAGGACAAUAUAUUAAAGAGGGAGGAAGCGUGCUAUUCCAAUUAGGAGAGGGAGGUGAACCAAGAUUUGAAACUAAUAUUAACUAUCUUUUAGAAGAAUGGGGUGUUUUCAUUAAUUCCGAUACUGUGAUCAGAACAUCCUUCUUUAAAUAUUACCAUCCAAAGGAAGUUUGUGUACAAAAGGGUGUGCUUAACAGAUCAAUUAAUAGAGAGGCUGGUAAAGGAAACGAUCUUGGUAGUGAUUUAUCAGAUCCAAACUCUCACCUUACAUUCGUUUAUCCAUAUGGAGCCACUUUAAAUGUUGAAAGUCCAUCAACUGCCAUUCUUGCUUCUGGGCAUAUUUCAUAUCCUGUUAAUAGACCUGUAUGUGCCUUUUAUUCCUCCAAAAAUGACAAAGGGAGAGUAGCUGUUAUUGGAAGUGUUCAUUUAUUUGAUGAUAAGUGGCUGGAAAAAGAGGAAAACUCAGUUCUUCAAGAUGUAAUUUUCAAAUGGCUGUUGUUUGGAUUUGAUUUGAAUCAGAUUGAUGCAACUUCACCAGAAGUUAAUGAUUAUCAAUUCCUUCCUGAUUCCAAAUCACUUUCUGAAAAGGUUAAACCAUGUCUACAGGAGAGCGAGGAGCUGCCCAUUGAUUUUACAGAAUUGUUUGUGGACAAGAUGUUUAAAUUUGAUACUGAUUUGAUACCUGAGGCUGUUAAUUUAUAUGCUCAACUUGGUGUGAAACAUUCACCUCUUACUUUGAUUCCACCUGCUUUUGAAACUCCAUUGCCGAGUUUAAGACCUGCAGUUUAUCCUCCUUCACUUCGAGAAUUUGCCCCUCCAGAAAUUGACCUUUUUGAUUUGGAUGAACAAUUUGCCUCUGAAGAUGUUCGUUUGGCUCAACUCACUAACAGAUGUACAGAUGAGGAUGCUGAUUAUUUUAUUCAGAAGGCUGGAGAAAUUGUUGGUGUUACCAAAUUAUUGAAAUCUGAAUAUUCUUUCAGUGCAAAACAUAUUCUUGAAUUAAUGUUUAGACAGAUAGUGCAAUUCAAGAAGGUUAAUCCAAGUAAUGAAGACAUUUUGCCAUCACAUUUGAGGCACAAUAAGGUUCUUCCAAAGUUGGCAAAAAAUAUUGAAACCAUAUCAAACCCUGUAACAAAUCCUCCAACACCAAUUUCUUCUCCACUCAGAGGAGGAAAUUUGAGUGAUGAUGAAUAUGUAGAUUAAAGAUGUUAAAACUGUUUUAAUAUUAC